UGUUUCAGAGACCAUCCUGAAACCAUCAAAAGAAGAUUCAUAAGUGUAUUUGUAGUGUGCUGUAUAGCGCCAAUAUAUCUAAAGAAACUCGUCUUGCCAUCGUAUCCAGAGAUUUUUGAGGAACACACUCUAUGGCAAUGGCUGGGUGUGAAAGUCAAUGGACUUGCUAUAGCUAUACUUUUACCAUGCUUGUUAACUAUGAUUUUAUUUAUGGGACCACUAAUGCUACAAUAUCUUGAUGGACUGGUUCCGCUUUACCUUGGUCACAUAAGGGUCGUCUGCUGUAGACUGACACCGCUGCAGACACGUCUCUACGCGGCCUAUGUCGCGGCCUGCAUCGCGACGUGUGAUGACGGCGCGGCGCCCAUCUCACGCGGCAGCAGCAGCAGGGUCAGCGUGUCGCCGCUGUCCGCCAUCACACAGCUGAAGAAACUAUGCAACCGUACGCUGGCUCAAACAUUUAUCAACGUUCAUGUCAUGUUCUUUUCAGUGUUCCAGUUCUCCUAUACAACGAUAUUUGGCACGUACUCAGCAUUUCUGUUUCUAAGAACAGGUCAUCUGGCAGCUCCAUUUGUCGCUCAUUCGUUCUGCAACCACAUGGGCUUUCCUGCCUUUAAUGAAGUGCUGUCUCAUCGACAUCCGAAGCGCACUUUCAUCGCGUUGUCAUAUAUUGUUGGUUUGCUGCUCUGGAUUUACCUGAUGUGGAGCGCAACAGACCCGAUGUGGUUCGCAAAUGAUGUGUACACCUUGUGAUGUUUAUAUUGUGAUGAGAAAAAAUCCGGGUUUUACGGCAGUCGUUGGGAAGGAGGAGUAUGUCUGGGGUUACGAGCAGAUGCCAAUGUAUCUCGUCAUCAAGUGAUAUACCAAUGGAGGUAUUUAGUAUGAUAUAUAUGUUUCUCUCAUGAACAUCUCUAUUGGAAAGAAAUUGUUUAAGAUUGUUAUUCAUUCAUACGAUUUCGUCUUAUAUAUUAUUUAGUAAAGCUGCAAGUAUGUCUUUUACAUAUUAGUCAAUCUCCUGCCCAUGUAUACAUUAGUUAUAUAAAAGUUGGUCACACUUGUCAUAAAUGUAGUUUAAUUCCAAUUUGAUAUUUGGUGCUCUUCUGCAAAGGCACUGUUGUCGAAGGCUUGAGAAUGUCCAAGUACAGAUUGUAUGAAUACAGGCGUUGAAUACACAGCAAAGAGUAAUGGAGACGGGUAGCAUCAGCUGAUGCUGACAAAACAAAACGUUAAUAUUACUUGUUGGUUUUAAUUAUUAUGAUAGUAAUGCUUUCAAUAAAGUUAUUGUUGACGUUAGGCUAAUGUUGUAAUAUUGGUUAGCUGAGUAUAUUUAAAAACAUAUUUGUAUAUAUGUGUAUUGUAAUGGUUUGGCAAACCUGCUAAGAAAGCUAUUUGACCUGUUGAAAAUGCACAAAUAGUAUACGGUACGUUUGAUAUUGCUGUAAGUGAAAAUCGACUUGAUAAAAGCUAGUGAUCUCCUCAAUACUAUUCAUUAAACAGUUCAUUUGUGUGAUUUUUGACCUUCUUUCUCAUUAACUAAGAGCAAGUCUGUGUAUUCAUAGGUUGUAUGAAAUAAAAAAAAUAAUCAUUAGUUAGAUCUAAACAAA